GGUGACCUCUGCGGUGUGGGUGCAGCCGCCGGGCACAAGAUAGAAACAAGAUAGGUACCCUGCCCACGUUUAUACACUUGGUAAAAACUCAAGCUGGUACAAAAACUGGUCGAGUUGUGCCCUGCCCAAUCGUUGUCAUUCACACCACUCAUUUGUGCUGUUUGGUUCAGUUUGGUUGCUGUUGCUGGCAAUUGGACAAGGAGUAGUGUGGGGCUUUUUGCAUUGAGAAGAGGAUUCCUGCUUGUUUUUAUAUACCUUGAUUUCAGCUUAAGAAUUCGAAUUUCAAAUUUAGGAUACACAUCAUGCGUCUGGUAAUUUUGGACAAUGCUAAUCAGGUGGCUGAUUGGUCUGCUCGAUAUAUUGUGAAGCGUAUCCGUGAUUUUAACCCUGGUCCGGAUCGGUACUUUGUGCUUGGUCUUCCAACAGGUGGUACUCCUGCUGGAACAUACAAGAAACUUGUCGAGCAUUACAAAGAGGGCAACAUUUCCUUCAAGUAUGUCAAGACCUUUAACAUGGAUGAGUAUGUUGGUCUGCCCCGCGACCACCCGGAGAGCUAUCAUUCAUACAUGUGGAACCACCUGUUCAAGCACAUUGACAUCCACCCAGAGAACGUUAACCUGCUGGAUGGCACCUGCUCUGACCUAGAGGCAGAGUGUGCCCGGUAUGAGGCCAAGAUCGCGGAGGCCGGCGGCAUCGAGCUCUUCAUGGGAGGGAUCGGUCCCGACGGUCACGUGGCGUUCAACGAGCCCGGCUCGUCGCUUGUGUCCCGCACGCGCGUCAAGACGCUCAACCAGGACACGAUCCAGGCCAACGCGCGCUUCUUCGACAACGACAUCAGCAAGGUGCCGACGCGUGCGCUGACGGUCGGCGUCGGCACGGUCAUGGAUGCUAAUGAGGUGCUGAUCCUGAUCACGGGCCAGCACAAGGCGUACGCGCUGCACCAGGCCAUAGAGGAGGGCGUCAACCACAUGUGGACGGUGUCGGCCUUCCAGCAACAUCCGAAAACUAUCAUGGUUUGUGACGAAGACGCGACGCUCGAACUCAAGGUCAAGACGGUCAAGUAUUUCAAGGAGCUGUGGUCGGUUCACAGCAAGCAGAUCGACGAUCCGGUGGCGUUCGAGUCGACCCGUCACGGCUAGGUGGCGCUGGCGGUCCGUCCUGCGACAUCUAGGUGGCGCUGGCGGUCCGCCCCGCCGGCUGUCAGGGACCGGGCGGACGGGCGCUGCUCUGCGUACACCACAAACACAGACUGUCGCCUCACCUCUUUUGUGGCGCCCUCGGUACUCGGACUCGACUGUCCUGGUCUGCUGUGGUGAUAGCUUCUGUCGGUGGUGAAGGCUGCAGGUGUUGGGACGUCAAGGGUUGACGGUGCAGUGCCAAGUGAUAAUAACUUUAGUACACUAUAGUAUAGCCAGCGCAGAGUGAUACGGUCGGUCAGUUUAAUAUUUGAUAUUAGUUUUCACAAACUCUGUGAUACAUAUAAGAGUAUAUUCAAUGCUAUUCGCUCUCAAAGACGAUUUAUGCAGGCAGUGUUUACUGUUUACCAUGACAUUUGUUUUAUAAUGACCAGUUUGCCUCGUAUGAGUCUGGUUGAAACUUGAUGCCUUGUUUCUGGACUGGUUUAAAUGCUACCCGAACAAAGAUUUCCAUGUGAAAUACAUGUACUUCUUUAC